AUGACUAUUUUUUGCUUUUAAAGGGCUUAUACUUGUCAUUUUACGGUUUAAAAGGUCACAUUUAUAGAUUUGAAGGGUGCAACCGGUCACACCCAUCCGACUAGGACGUUGUUUUAUUCCACCUCUUUGCCAACUAGAUUAAAUAUGUCACGUGUUAUGUUACUAAAUGAAACUUGAUAUCUGUUUAAAUCCUUUCAACUGUCCCUUUCAUUUAUUCAGCUACUUUUUUUGUUGGUAUAUUUUUUUCAAACCGUGAUUGACGCGAAUCCGUUUCUUAAACUUCUCCUCGCUCAAAUCAAGCAACAUAAUCAAUCCUAUGGCUGUCUACAUGAAGAUAGAGCCAGAAUUUUUACGAGGUACCCCGCUAUUUGUUACUCAGAUGGUGCAGAACAAAGGUUCAAUGAUGUCAACUUUGCUGGAAUGGACAGGAACGAGUUUGUGGGGUUUAUUCAAAGAUUCGCUAAUAAGGUAUGCGUCAAUGUUUACUUUUGCAUGCCGGAUGUGGAGUUCCCUGAUGGAUUAAGGGUAAUAGCUACUGAUAUAGACUAUAUGGACUUCAUCGAAGUAGGAUAUGCUUCUGCUAGUGUUAUUAAUGUAUAUAUGGACCAUCUUGGUGUUAACGUGCAUCAAUGGAUUCUUGAUGAGCAAGGCAAAUUAUGCAGUUCAUUAGACGAAUUGUUUGCUAGAAAUGAAGUUGGUGAAGAAAUGCAAGGUGGUAUAGAUAUGGAUGAUGGAAUUGAAAUUGAGGAUCUGGUGGGUCAUAGUUUGCAAGGUGUUACGGAGGAUUUGCAAGGCACUACGGAAGAUUUGCAAGAUGGGGAAGGUGAUGGAAUUAACAUUGAAGUUGAGAAUGUUCAAGGUGAUAGGGAGGAUCUGCAAGGUAGUAGGGAGGAUUGGCAAGGUAAGGAAGAUGAUGGCAUUGACUUGGAAGUUGACAAUGAACUUAAUAAUGUAUUCCUAUGAAUAGGACAAAAGAUGAUGAGUUUUUGAGCAAACUAUACCCAAAGGACCAAGUUACCCCUGACAGUCUUCCUCAUGAAGAGCCAUAUGAUCAUGUAGAUGAGGAUAAAGUAAUAUCUAAUGACCAAGCUAUUUACAAUGAAAAUGUUCAUUGGAAAAAACAAAAGCCUGUAUUAGGUAUGAGAUUUGUGAAUCCUGAACAACUGAAACACAUGUUGUGUAACUAUGUUGUUGCAAAUGGUUAUCAGUUAUGCUACAAGAAAAAUGAUAGCAGGAGACUUUUAGUAAAAUGUUGUUCUGGUGCUUGCAAGUUUAGAUUGUGGGCAUCUCGGAUGAGUGAGGAAAAAGCUUUCCAAAUUAAGAGUCUCAUAAAUGAGCAUAAUUGUGCAAGAAACUUCAAAUUAGGUUCAAUUGUCAACUAUGCUUGGAUAGGUACACAUUACACCACCCAAUUCUUACAGAAACAAAAAGUUAGUGUUAGGCUCCUUAGGGAUGAGCUUAAAGAGAAAUUUGGGAUAGAUAUAAGUAUGGGACAAUGUAGAAGAGCAAAAAAGUACGCAAUUGAGUUGAUUGAGGUAACACUAGUGGAUCACUAUGCAAAGCUAUGGUCAUAUGAUGAGGAGAUAAGAAGAUCAAAUCCUGAAUCAAUAGUCAAAAUCGAUGUCAAUGCUAUGCCAGAUGGUAAGAUUUAUUUUAGCAAGUUUUACAUUUGUUUUGAUGGUCUAAAGCAAGGGUGGAGAGGGAGCUACAGAGUAAUAAAUUUGGAUGAGUGUUUCUUAAAGGGUAUAAGUUCAGGAAAGCUAAUUGUUGUUGUAGGAAGGGAUGCUAAUAAUCACAUAUUCCCAAUUGCAUGGGGUAUGUGUAGAAAACAAAGCAAAUUGGAAAUGGUUCUUGGAAAAUCUAAAAGAUGACCUUCAUCUAGAGGAUGGUUUUAGUAUAUCAUUGAUGUCAGAUCAACACAAGGGGUUGUUAGAGGCUGUCAAGGAAGUGCUUACUAUUGCUAAACAUAGGCAAUGUGCAAGGCAUAUUGUUGCCAACUUUAGGAAAAGAUUCAGUGGUGUACACUAUGAGACCAUGUUUUGGAAGGCAAGCAAAGCAUCCACUGAGCCUUUAUUCAAUGCUGCCAUGAAGGAGAUUCAAGUACUUAAUCAUGUAGCCUAUGAUUACCUUGUGGAAACAAACCCAAAAUCUUGGAGUAGAGCAUUCUUUCAAGAAGGAAAGAUGUGUGAUGCAGGGAAAAUGGAUUAUCUGAGAGCUUUAAUAGUGUCAUCAGGGAUGCAAGGAAAAAGCCAAUCAUCACCAUGUUAGAGGAUAUUAGAUUAUAUGUUAUGGAGAGGCUAUACAAUUUGAAGAUGAAAGGUUGUUCAUGACCUGAUUACAAACCUUGCCCAUCAAUUACACUCCUACUAAAUAAAUUGAAAAGGGCUCAAAGGUAUUGGCAGGUUUUACCAAGUAGUCUAAACCAAUUUGAAACCAGAAACCUGGAAUAAUCAUAUUUUGUUGACCUUGACAAGAAGACUCGUACUUGUAGAGUAUUGCAACUUAAUGGGUAUGGUUGUGUGCAUUCAGUAGCUACUAUCAUAUCUGAAUAGAGAUGUAGCCACUUAUGUUGAUCCAAUGUUGUAUGCUGCCUUCUACAAGAACACUUACAAAUACCAAAUACAUGGGAUGAAUGGUAGCAACAUGUGGCCACUUACUGAGUUCAUACCACCCUUACCACCAUUGAAGAGAAGAAAGCCAGGUAGACCAAAGGUAAAUAGAAGAAGAGAUGCAUCAGAAAAGCUUCCAAGGCACAUUGUGUCUAAGGCUGGGAAAAGAAUCUGGUGUAGUGUGUGUAGACAAUCAGGGAUAACAAGGUUAUGUGUCCUAAAGUUGAAAGACCACAAGUAGAAAGGUCAAGGGUGCAAAGGACCAAGAAACUAAAAGGUCAAGAAAAGGAAAACAGUUGACAAGGGUAAAGAUGGUGAAGAAAGUUGUGGACCAAGUAGAGUUGAUGAAGGAAGUAGUGGACCAACUACAGUUGUUGAAAGAAGGAGCGGACCAACUACAGUUGAUAAUGGAAGGAGUGGAACAACUAGAGUUGAUGAAGGAAGGAGUGGACCAAAAAUUGGUGGUAAAAGGAAAAAUGUGAGAGGAUCAUAAAAAAGAAACUUGCAAAGAAGGUUAAGACCAAGGAUGGGAAAGGUGAAACUAGUGCAAACCCGGUAGACCUUAAUGAGUAGGUAGAAUUUGAUGGUUUCCUAUGGUUAUGUUUGACAAUGGUUUGACAUUAAGUUGUACUUGUUUGUUUGCUUUGACAUGUACUUGUUUGUUUGAAGUUAGUAUGUUUGCUUUGACAAUGCUAAAUGUCACUGUAGCCCAACAAACUUACAUGUUUUGGUUUAAAAGGUCCCUCAUCUUAUUAUUUUUUUUGCUUUCUAAGGGCAUCAACUUGUGUUUUACCUGCUAAUUUGGGUAAACAACCCAUUAUAACUGGUUAGAUAUGCCAAAUAGGUUAGAAAAUGAUGACAUGUAGCCUCGUCAGCAACACUUGGAGCCUAGUAGACUUCUGCCUCGUCAGCAACUUUGGGGAUUUAUCUAAGCACUACUCUAACACUUUUUCUUACCUAUAAAAAAGAUUUCACCUUU